AUGGCUGAUAAGAAAGAAAUAACUUACCAAGAAGUUGCCAAGCACAACAAGGCUGAUGACUGUUGGGUUAUUAUUGAUAACGGAGUUUACAAUUUAACUGAAUAAAUGAAAUCUCAUCCUCCUGGUCCUUUCAUGAUCAAGCUUUUCGCUGGUAAGGAAGCUACCUGGCUUUUCAAGAGAGUUCUUUUGCACUCUGAAAAGGUUUUCAAAAAUAAGGAAAAAUAUAGAGUUGGUACUCUUAAAAGAGUUGAAGGUGAAAAAAUUCCUAAUAAUGCCGAAUUAUUCAUAACUUUUGCAGUUAUUAUGUUAGCCCUUUUAGUUUUCUUCUUAUUAAAGUGA